AUGCUGAGAUCUUCAUUGGUGAGACAAUUUGUCCGUUUCCAGUCCACUGGGAAACAAGGCAAAGGUGUCGGCGUCAUGUUCAUGAACAUGGGAGGUCCGUCUACUAUCCCAGAGACUUACGACUUCCUUUAUAGACUAUUUUCCGACGGAGAUUUAAUUCCAUUUGGAAGAUUCCAAAACUUCAUUGCUAAAAUCAUUGCAAAGCGCAGAACUCCGAAAAUUGAGUCCCAUUACAGAGAAAUCGGAGGUGGAUCGCCAAUCAGGAAAUGGUCGGAGUAUCAGGCUCAAAAGGUGUGCGAGAAGCUCGAUGUGGAGUCACCUGAGACCGCACCGCAUAAGCCGUAUGUUGCCUUCAGAUAUGCCAACCCUCUAACCGAGGAAACUUACAAGCAGAUGCUUAAAGAUGGAAUCACAAGAGCUGUGGCCUUUUCCCAGUACCCUCAAUUCAGUUACUCGACCUCUGGUUCUUCCCUCAAUGACCUUUACCGCGUGUCCAAGCAAGUCGACCCUGAAAGACAGAUUGAGUGGUCCGUGAUUGACAGAUGGCCAAAGAACGACGGUUUGACCACGGCUUUCGCCAACCACAUCAAAGCUUCCUUAAACGAGUUCCCUGCAGAGACCAGAGACAAGGUGGUUCUUCUGUUCAGUGCGCACUCCUUGCCAAUGGAAAUUGUUAACAGGGGAGACUCUUACCCAGCAGAGGUGGCAGCCACUGUGUACUCGGUGAUGGAAAAGUUGAAUUUCUCGAACCCCUACAGGCUUGUUUGGCAGUCUCAAGUCGGACCUAAGCCUUGGCUUGGAGCUCAGACGGCAAAAAUUACCAAGAAGUUGGUGGAUGAGGUUGACGACUCGCAAGCUCCUGGCGUAGUCAUUAUCCCGGUUGCCUUCACUUCCGACCAUAUCGAGACUCUGCAUGAGAUUGAUAUUGAACUGAAGGAAGAACUUGACGCUCCUCACAAGAUGAUCAGAUGUGAGUCCCUGAAUGGAGACCCUGUUUUCAUUGAUGGGUUGGUCGAGCUGGUUAAAGACCACUUGAAACAGAACGAACGCUACUCCAAGCAACUGCCUCUGGAUUAUAUUCUUGGAAGCGGAGAUGCCAAAAAUGUUUUCAAGCACCCAUCCGAAUUGUUUGGUGAAAGAAAGUAA